AUCGGUGAUCCUGGCGAUCACUUCUCGCUUCUCGACCUUCUCCGUGCGGUAGCGCGGUAUGGCGCGAUACGUUCCCGGCGUUUGCGUUACUCCGUCCCGCCCUCCUCGGACGUAUCCCCGAUAAAUGCGCUCCCGUCCGUCCGUCGCGAGGUGAACGCGAGCGCGAUUUCGCCGGAACGAGCGAGUCGUUGUGAGUCGGAGCAAGUUUCAUGACCUUCGACGUUUGUUGCUCCAAAACGGUAAGCACGUAGGCCGACAGGCUCAUUCCUGCCCUUCUUUGUUUAUUUCUCAGAGGGGCGGGGAAGGGGGGAGGUAAACUGCUGGCGAUAUGCCGUGUGCCUGGCGAUCGUCCAAUUUUCUCGUGCCUCGGAGCGCGGUGCCUCCGUCGAGAGACCUGUAUUUUUUGUGUAAACAGGAAGCUGGCCGAGAAUGUGUACGUGCGCGUGUGCAUGUGUGUUACGUGCAGUAUUGAUGUUUUUAUGAAUAAUUUACGGAGAAUUUUUUUGUCUCAUUUUUUUUUUGCAUUCCACAGUUUAUAUCUAUUUUUUUAUUUAACACGUAAAAACGCCUGCCUUCGUGUGUUUUGACCUUGUAGACUUCUUAAGAUUCUUGCAAAGCAUUCUUGUAAGCAAUAAAGAUUUCGCAAAGUGUGAAUUGACGUUAACAAUCAGGUGUUGAUCCUGCUGUCGGCGUUAAUCUGUUGGCGAUCUGAGUGAUCCGCUAUGCCGCGAAGGAGGCAGCAGAGGCAUCGCCCCAUCGGGGAGGAUACCCGAAUCGCUGUGAACUUGACUAUAAAGAAAUUGUUGGACAGUCCGGAUCAGAAGGAGCUGGAGUUCCCGUCGUCGUACACGGCGGAGGAGCGGGCGUACAUCCACGAACUGGCCAGGGAGCUCGGCCUGAAGUCGAAAAGUCGAGGGAAAGGCACAAAUCGAUUCUUGACGGUGUUCAAGAGAGAGGGUUCGACGAUAGUCCAAGCCGACGCUGUGAUAAAACUGCAGAAACCGUCGAAGCAGAGUAUAUACAGUUUGAUGCAGACCUUCCCAUUGAAUCACAAGGAAUGCCAAGACCUGCUUCCUCCGAUUGAGAGGGAGCGUCCUCUCAAUAAUGAUGUAAAUACGAACACUAAGGCGAUGGGUAGAUUGAACAACAGUAUACCGCAAGUACCUCAGUUGAAAACCAAUUUCGAUGUACUGCACUUUCGCAAAUCCCUGCCAAUUUUUAACGCGAGGGAGGAAAUUCUCAGUGCGCUGAGCAAUCAUCAGGUGGUCAUAAUCGCGGGUGAAACGGGUUGCGGCAAAACCACGCAGGUGCCGCAGUAUAUCUUGGAGCACUAUCAGCAGAAGCAUCAACCGUGUAGGAUCAUUUGCACGCAGCCCAGGCGCUUGUCGGCGGUGUCUGUGGCCGAGCGAGUGGCAUUCGAGAGGGACGAGAAGAUCGGUCAGACUUUUGGGUAUCAAAUAAGAUUGGAGAGCAGAGUGGCUCCUAAAACUCUCUUAACGUACUGCACGAAUGGAGUGCUGCUUAGGACCUUGAUGGGCGGUGACUCCGCCUUGACUACGCUCACGCACAUCAUUGUUGACGAAGUUCACGAACGAGACAGAUUCUGUGACUUCCUUUUAAUAGCGUUAAAGGACGCGUUGGUUAAAUAUCGUUCCUUGAAGCUGAUACUUAUGAGCGCCACGAUGGACACUACUAUCUUUACUAAGUAUUUUAAUAAGUGCGUCGUCAUCAACGUUCCCGGCCGAUCAUUCGACGUGGACGUAUACUUUUUGGAGGAUAUUUUGAAGAUGACCGGUUACAUGACGAAGGAAAUGCUUGCGAAGAAGAAGGAGUUUCUAAAGUGGAAAGACAAGCAGAAGACUUUGGAGUCUUGGAAGCAAUACAAGCCCCAGCAUUCGAAUAGGAGUACCAAGAACGAGAAGAGUUUAUUGCCCGCUCCAAUUUUAGCCCAGCAGAGCGAUCCUAUACCGGAGAAGGUUAAGCUGGAGUCCUGGCUGAUAGAAGAAAUGGACAAAAGUAUUUUCGACGCGUGGGUGAACGGCAGAGAGGAUAAUUUCGCGCAACUCUUACAUUUCAUAUUGUCUGAAAAUGUUUCAGUGGAUUACCAGCAUUCAGAGACUUUUAUAACACCGUUGAUGGCCGCCGCGGCAAGAGGUUGCAUAAACACGUGCGAGCAACUUCUGAAUCUAGGCGCGAAUCUCAACUUGAGAUCCGCCAACGAUUGGACCGCGUUAGACUGGGCGAAGAGCAGGAAUCAUACCGAGUGUGCCGAGCUGAUCGAAGCUUACAUGAAGACUUACGACUGCGCGGUACCGAGUAACGAACUGGCGCACGUUGCGGACGCGUCACUCUCCGAAGAAGAUAAACUGUUGCUCGACAUAUACCAUCAUACGUUCAACGACGAUAAUAUCGAUUACGAUCUACUGUUGGAACUGGUCUUUUACAUCCAUAUAAAAAUGCCUGCCGGCUCUAUUUUGAUAUUCUUACCGGGCUACGACGACAUAGUUACGAUGAAGGAGAAGAUAAACGCGGAUGACAAGAAGAUGAAUCAGGGUUUACGCUACAAUUUGUACGUUCUCCACUCGAACAUGCAGACGUGCGAUCAGAAGAAGGUGUUCAAGCCCAGUCCUCAGGGCACGCGAAAGAUUAUCCUUUCCACGAACAUAGCGGAGACCAGCAUUACGAUCGACGAUGUUGUGUACGUCAUUGAUUCCGGCAAGGUUAAAGAGAAGUCUUUCGAUGCUAUAUCAAGCGUGUGCACAUUGACAUCCAACUGGAUAUCUCAGGCUUGCGCGAAGCAACGGAAAGGCAGAGCGGGCAGAUGUAAACGAGGAAUCUGUUAUCGCCUGUUCUCCUCCAUUCGAUACGACAACAUGCAGUCUUACCAAACGCCCGAGAUUCUGCGAUUACCGCUGCAAGAGCUCUGCUUGUACACGAAGCAUUUAACGUCGGGAAACACACCUAUAGCCGAAUUUCUGGAUAAAGCUCUGGAGCCGCCGUCUAACAUAGUGACCAGGAACGCAGUACAAUUGUUAAAGACAAUCGACGCGUUAGAUCCGUGGGAAGAUCUCACUGAAUUAGGGAGUCAUUUACUAGAUUUGCCAAUUGAGCCAAGACUCGGGAAGAUGUUGUUAUACGCCGUCGUCUUGAAAUGUUUGGAUCCCAUUUUAACGAUCGUUUGUAGCUUAGCAUACAAGGAUCCCUUUAUAUUACCGUCACAACCGUCGCAAAAGAGAGCUUUGACCGCGGCGCGAAAGAAAUUUGCCACCGGAACGUUCUCGGAUCACAUGGUGGUCCUGCGAGCGUUCCAAGGCUGGCAGAACGCCAGAGCGACCGGCAAGGAGCGUGCCUUUUGCGAGAAGAAUUUCAUCUCCGCUCCCGUGAUGGAGAUGGUGGUCGGAAUGCGUACGCAGCUUCUCGGCCAACUGCGCGCGUCCGGCUUCGUCAGGGCCAGAAGCCCCGGGGACAUUCGGGACUUAAAUUCGAAUUCGGAAAAUUGGGCGGUCGUGAAGGCAGCUCUGACCGCGGGCUUGUAUCCCAACUUGAUUCGAGUCGAUCGGGAGCACAUGCAGCUACGAACACAAAAAGAGGUCAAGGUGUUCUUCCAUCCCUCGUCGACUUUGAGAGAUUAUCCGAAGUCUUCGAGGAUGACGUCCGCGCAAACGCAUGCAACCAACGUGCAAACCUUGCCGUGCGAUUGGCUGCUUUACGAGGAGAUGAGCCGUACGGGACGUUUCUGCCACGUGAAAGUCGUUACAGUCGUGAAUCCAUUAACUGUAGCGUUAUUUAGUGGACCAGCUAGAUUACCAAUGGAUGUAAUCUACGAGGCUGAGGCUGUUCCGGAAAGUGAAUCGGAUUCGGAGGUUGACGAGUCCCACGAAGGAACUAUUUUUAAGCUUGACGAUUGGGUGGUGUUCAAGCUUGAUCCUGAAACGGCUCAACUGUUCUUAAAUUUACGGCAGAAGUGGAACGCCUUGUUCCUCAGGCGCAUGAAGGCACCGAACAAGGCAAUGUCGGCGUUAGACGAGAAAGUCAUUAACACUUUGGUGACUGUGAUCACGAAUGAGGAACAGGCGUGCGGCCUCCAGCAGCCCGCUGGCAUCGGUCAACGUCCGCGUCCGUUAAUCGUCGAUUAUUAUCCUGCAAAUGUUAGAAGAGACGAUUAUCCGGAAAGAUAUUUCUAAACAAGAAGAGGAAAUGUAGUCUAUUGUGUACAAUUUGCGGUCUGCGUUCUUUUGGUCGUUAAUUUCAAUGACCGAUCACUGUAUUUAUAAUGCUGUAGCUAAAAGACUUUUGUUGAUAGCGAAUAUUUAUAAAAGAUAUAUGGCGUUGUAUCUAUGGGUAUUAGAAUGUAUAAUAUUUAUAUGACACACUCGUACAUUCAGUAUUGAAUAAUAAAAUAGAAAAAUAGGGCUAAUGGGAGCAAUAGCGCGGUAAAUAAAGUGCAGAUAGUCUUAAUAUUUGUGUUAAAAGAUUCUUAAUCGAAUAUUUGUUAAUCCAUGGAUGUUUCGAUUCAAUUUUUCUUCAGCAAUUGAUGGAAGAUUAGUCUUGACGUUUAAGGAGUAAAGAGUGAGUGUACUUCUUUAAAAUAUAAACUUGCUCUCAAUGUAAAAUUGUAUCGGUAAAUAUUGAAUGCACGAGUGUUUCAUAUAAAUAUUAUACAUUCUAAUUUGCAGUAUUGAUUAAAGACUGUUCUGACAUAAUAAGUUUUUGAAUAAUACUCAUAUAACACUUGUGAUCCUCUUUGCAGAGCGUUCGUUAGAGUAGUGACGUUUGUUUAAGUUUUACUAUGAUAUUUUAACUUUUACCUCUAGGAGAAUAAAUAGGAGGAUAUCUCUUUUAUUCUUUAGUACUAAAGUACCGAAGAAUACAAAUAUUAGAUUGAUGUGAUAUCGUUAUCAACAUCGAGAUAUAUAUAUAUGUAUAUGUAUAUAUAUUUCCACGGGUCCGUUCCAUGAGAGUAAAAUUACGGACGUAAAAUUGUCAUUCAACGAUUAUACGUAAUUCCGAAGCAGUCGGUAACGUACUUUAAUCUGGCUCCCUCCUCUUCCUCUGAAUCCAAAAAUAUGUAAAUAGGCCUUAAACCUGUGUAUCUUAUAAAGAUAUGUGAUAUAUCAUAGGUACUAAACUCUAACUUAACUACUUUUUGUACUAUGUAUAAUGUAUGUCGUAUCGAAUGCUCUCUCGGUAGCUAUAGUACACAUUAAGUAGGCAGCUACAUAGCGAGGCAGAGAGUGUGCGGAAUGAUUCGUUAUUACUAUGCGCUAUAGCAUAGCAUUUUCUUGCAAUAUUCUAUAUAGAAGUUUUGAUUAUUGUUUAAAAAACUGAAGCGAUUCUCCCUCUUUUGUACAUGUGUGACAUGUGCAAACGAAUUUGUGUACACUUACUAUUGGCGGCUACUGAACCCGCUUGCUUUAUAUAUUCAAUCAGCAUCAUAAUUAAAAUCUGACCUUUUAAUACGUAUACUUCGAUAAAGGAGCGCAUGUUUCUACAAAACAUUAGUAAACGUUUUAUUUCAUUUUGAUGAUUUGGUGACUUUAAUAGCGUUAUAAUUUUUACACGGCUAAGUAAACACGAACCGUAAAGCUUUAGACAGCACCACAGAACGAGCUUUAAGCGAAUUGUAAUACUGGUCAAUGUGAUAACUUAUAAAAGCUAGC